UACCCAGAAAUGCCCAGGAAUUUGGUUCUUCUGUAUCUCCUAAAUUAACACGGGGGCUGGGGGCGAAACCUAUGCAAAAUAUGUUUAAAAAAGGGCAGAAGAUGGCAAGGAUGAGAAUCCAACUGGUGUGCAUGAUGCUGCUGGCUUUCACCUCCUGGAGCCUGUGCUCAGAUUCAGAGGAGGAAAUGAAAGCGUUAGAAGCAGAUUUAUUGACCAAUAUGUAUACAUCAAAGAUUAACAAGGCAAAACUUCCGUACUGGAAAAUGACCCUGCUAAAUAUUUGCAAUAUGAUAAACAACAUAAAUAACCAAGCAGAAGAAACCUCAGAGGUUGAUGAAGACGAUCUCAUUACAAGACAGUUUCCUGCUGCUCUGGAUGGCUUCAGUUUGGAAGCAAUGCUGACAAUAUACCAGCUCCAAAAAGUUUGCCACAGUCGAGUUUUUCAGCAUUGGGAGUUACUUCAGCAAGAAGUUUUUGAUCCAGAGAAUUCAAACCAAGAGAAAGAUAUCAUGAAGAGGAAAACCCCUUAUAUUCUGAAACGGCAACUACAUGUGAACAAAGCUAGAAGACCAUACAUACUUAAGAGAAAUUCAUAUUACUGAUGCAGCAAAAGAAAGCAAUGUAUAUUUAGUUUAUAAGUAACUGUGUGUUAUGGGUAACUUAUUUAAAUCUAAAAUCAUAUUUGUGUGAAAAAUAUACUAUGAAAAAUUAUCAAGAUGAUAACAUAACUGUGUCUUUUUUGCAACUGUUGUUUCUUGAAUGUGAUUUUUCCUACUUCAGAUUAAUUCGAUCAAUACAUUUGCAAAUAAAUCUAGUUUCUAAGCAUGA